UAAUUAUUACGUAAUUCUCGAUUGUGUUUAAUUGGUUGUUUACUAACUGAACAUGUAGUGAUAUUUCUAAGUCAAACAAAAUGGAGAACGACGUGUAUGAUUUGUGUGUAGUUGGAGCUGGAAUGAUAGGGUCUGCAGUAGCUAAAUAUGCAUCAGAAUGGGGUCGCGUUUGUUUAGUUGGACCAGAAGAACCAGAGGAAAGAGAUGUCAAUUGUAAGAGAGACAUAUUUGGAUGUCACUAUGAUGAGGGAAGAAUUGCGAGAUGUUUAGCUCAUGACCCUAUCUGGACACAGUUGGCACGUAUCUCUAUGUCAAGGUACAGACAAAUAGAAAGUGAUUCAGGGAUUGGCUUUUAUGAUGAAGUUGGCUCAUUAGUAGCUGGAGGAAAGGAUACAAAAUAUAUGAUGGACAAUGAAAAGGUGUCAAAGGAACAACAGCUGGAAAUCGAGAUACUGUCAUACGAGACACUCAAAACGAAGUUUCCACUUUUAAAUUUCUCUGAUAUAGAUCAUGGAAUAUAUGAAGUAAAGGCCGGACAUAUCAGUGCAAGAAAUUUGGUCAGUGCUCAAAUUAAGCUGGCUAAAUCCAAGGGUUGUGCAUGCAUCCAUGAAAUUGUUGAAAACGUUACCCAGAUGGAAAAAGAUGGGAAUAGCAAUAUGUGUGUAUUAACAGAAUCAGGCAAACAAGUCUUAACCAGAAAGGUACUAUUAGCAACUGGUGCAUUUACAGCUUUCAGAAAUCUACUUCCUGUAGACCAUGAAUUGGACGUAGGGUUAUGUCCACUUACCACUGCUAUGAUUGAAGUUACAGCUGAUGAUUUCACAAAUAUGAGAAAAUAUCCUACUUUAAUAUAUUUCGGGAAAGGAGCCGAUAAUUGGAAGAAGGAUUACCCUCGCUCAAAAGAUGGUGAAUAUAGCUGGUAUAUGUUGCCGCCAAUUAAAUAUCCAGAUGACAAAACAUCAUCUGGAUGGUAUCAAACAGCAGCUGUUCUGACCCAGUUUGAUAGCGCGCGUCAAACACGCGGGUUUGAUAUUCCUAUUAAUCCAUGGCAUGGGAAGUACUACAUAAAGCUAGGACAUCUACAGCAUGCUACCACUAAACGUUUUACCAGCAGCUGUGAAGUAAAAGAAUGGUAUUGUAGUGGUGGAGACACAAAACUCGUAAAUGAUACAGUUGAUCUUUUCAAGUCUGUCGUACAAGACGUUAAUCCGAUCUCCUACCAUGGUGAUAGCUGUGUUAUAACUACAACCCCAACCAAACGACUGUACAUAGAUACUCUACAUCAUCAGCUAGGUGUCGCUGUCGGUGGGAAUGCGUAUGCAGCAAAAUCCAGUGACGAGAUAGGCAGGAUAGCUGCUGUAAUGAUGAUGAAAAACGAAUGGGAUUCAUCAUUAGAAAAGACAGAUUUUAAUUUAAAAAUGAAAGAAAAGCCGUCAAACUAACAGUUUACAUCUGCAACUGUUACCUAGCUAAUUUCUGUAAAGGACUUAACCAAGUUAGAAAUAUGACAGUUGUUUUACAUUCGUUUGAUGUGUUUGAGGAUUUGAUUUUGCCAUUUGAUAAAGGACUUUCCGUUUUUGAAUUUUCCUUGGA